UAGAAAAUGUACUGAGAUGGAUUCGGGUGAUGGAACGAAUGAUCUUGAUAUUGCGCAAGGAGCCGUCCUGGUGAAAUCAUGUGAGAUAACUCGGACCGUUUUAGGAGAAAAUUGUUUUAGGAAUGACACCUUUAUCAUCGAUUUACAGGUCCCGAAAGAUGCGGCAGAAAUUCGUGGUUAUGAUUUUAAUGGAGGCAUUGAUUUCUCCAAGCUUAUGGCGUCGUACUCGUCAACUGGUUUUCAAGCAUCUCAUUUUGGGAAAGCAGUGAAGGCAGUCAAUGCUAUGUUAGAUGAACGAGAGGAUGUGGAAGGAAACGAAAAAGCUGGGCAAUUUUUUCCAUAUCCUGAUCAACGUCCCAUUCCCCCUUGCACAAUUUUUCUUGGAUACACAUCAAAUCUAGUCACCAGUGGUAUUAGAGAGGUAGUUUCGAACUUGGUUUUGAUUUACCCUUCUUUCAUCCAU